AUGGCUGCACAAAGCUCCAAUUCCAAGUUUCUUCUCAUAUGUUCGUUCUUCCUUAUCAACAUUUCACUGUUCCUCUCUACACUUCCAUUUGCAAGUUCUUUAUCUUUCAACUUCACUUCUUUCAAUCCAAGCAACACCGACAUCAUCUACGACAGAGCAUUCCCGACAAACCAAGCAAUCGAGCUCACUGGGGGUGACGCCAACAUGGAUUAUGUUGGAAGAGCUAUGUAUUCCCAACCCUUGCAUCUUUGGGAUAAAGUCUCUGGAAACUUGUCGAGUUUCCAAACCAAUUUCUCCUUUGUCAUUGAUUCAAGGCAAAAAUCAACCUAUGGUGAUGGCCUUACCUUCUUCUUUGCCCCUGUUGGUUCUAAGUUCCAGGCUAACAUCUCAAGAGGCAGCGGCUUGGGUAUUGGCUACGAUCCCGAGUUAACGAAUGCGACAGCCACAUUUUUUGCAGUUGAGUUUGAUAUCUACAGCAACCUUUUCGACCCACCUGAAAAGCUCGAACAUGUAGGUAUCGAUAUUAGUUCAAUGAGAUCUAUUGCAUAUUCGAUAUGGAAAUGUGAUAUCAAGGGAGGGAAGAAGAAUCAUGUUUGGAUUAAAUAUGAUUCUGUUAAUCAUAAUUUGAGUAUUACUUUUACUGGGUUUGAUCUGAAUGGUAGUAUUCUGUUCCAACAUCUUCACCAUGUUGUAGAUUUGAGGUUGCAUCUACCUGAACGGGUUACUUUUGGCUUUUCUGCUUCCACUGGUUAUGCAUAUGCAACUCACACUGUAUAUUCGUGGUCUUUUGAGUCAACGCUCGACUUGACCCUUAAUCCAAACUUCACCUCUAGUUCUAAUUUGUCCCCACGUCCUGAGCCAAGUCCUGAGCCAAGUCCCGAGCCAAGUCCCGCCGAGUCAAUUCUCGAGUCAAUUCCUGAGCCAAGGCCUAACUUGCACCCAAGUCAUAGUAAUGGUAGCAAGGCAGGUCUAGCAGUCGGAUUGGGCGUUGUUGGAGCAGCUAUCAUAGUGGGAGGGUUAGUGUUGGUUUGGAUAGCUGUUUGGAAGAAGAGAAUGGCAAUGAGGAAGAACAUAGAGGAGGAGAUAAUGUUGGAUGAUUCUGAGUUUGAAAGGGGUAAAGGGCCUCGACGGUUUUCGUAUAAGGAAUUGGCUCGAGCAACGAACAAUUUUAAGGAGGAUAAGAAGCUUGGAAAAGGAGGAUUUGGCGAUGUUUAUAAAGGUUUCUUAAGUGACUUGAAUUGCGAUGUUGCUGUGAAGAGAAUAUCAAAAGGGUCUAAGCAAGGGAUAAAGGAGUAUGCAUCUGAGGUCAAGAUCAUCAGCCAAUUGAGGCAUAGAAACUUAGUUCAACUAAUUGGUUGGUGUCAUGAGAAAAGUAAACUUCUGUUGGUUUACGAAUUCAUGCCAAAUGGAAGCUUAGACGCCCAUCUUUUCAAAGAAAACAAUUUCUUGACAUGGGAAUGUCGGUACAGAAUCGCUCAAGGAAUCGCCUCAGGUUUACUAUAUCUUCACGAAGAGUGGGAAAAAUGUGUGGUGCAUAGAGAUAUAAAGUCGAGCAAUGUAAUGUUGGAUUCGAGUUUUAAUGCGAAGCUCGGAGAUUUCGGGUUAGCUAGGUUAGUGGACCAUAACAAAGGUUCACAAACAACUCUUCUUGCUGGGACGAUUGGCUAUUUGGCUCCUGAAUGUGCAACAACAGGAAGGGCUUCAAAGGAAUCAGAUGUCUACAGCUUCGGGAUGGUUGCUUUGGAAAUUGCUUGUGGAAGAAAACCUUUCGACCCGAAUGCAGAGGACGAGAAGAUUGUGAUGGUGGAGUGGGUUUGGAAGCUUUAUGGUUGUGGAAAGCUUCUUGAAGGAAUAGACUCAAAACUGAUCCAAGAAAGGUUUGAAGAUGAGCAGCAGAAGGAGGAGCAGAUGGAGCGUCUGAUGGUGGUGGGUCUGUGGUGUGCUCAUCCAGAUAGCAAUUGCAGACCUUCAAUAAGACAAGCCAUAAACGUGAUGAACUUCGAAGCGCCAUUGCCUCUUCUUCCAUCUCAAUUGCCUGUACCCACUUAUGAAUUUCUUCCCAUUAGAAGGCCAAAUGCUUCGUCUUCACCAUCAUCAUCAGCUACUCAAAAUAGUGUUGCUUCUCAUACUAUUAAUAGCUCCAACUUUAGUAAUGUCGUUAGCAGUUCUUCCCACUCGGCUGCAUCUUCUAUACAUCUUCUUCAACAUGUUCACCAAUGAACACACAAUA